UUUUCUUUCAUCCAAAUAUCCAUUGACAAUAUCUAAUUAUCUUUAUCAUUCAUCAAUGGAACACGAUAAUUUGAGGGAAAACCCCAAACCCUAGAUAUUUUUCUUCCUUAUUUUUUUCGAUCCUAAUAAUUAAUGCCAUUUAUACAAUGCCUAAUUCUUGAAGGGUUAUCGGUUGCGAGCUCGGAUUUCUCCUACCUUCCUUCAGAUCGAAUCUUUUAAGAUUUGGAUAUAAUCUAUGCGAGGAAUCUCAAGCUAAAGGAUUAUGCUACCUUUGGAGUGAAUAUACAAUGUCUGAGUACCAUCAUCCUCUGUAGCUAGUAGUUCUGAUAAUUUGUUUCUAAUACCAGCAAGAGCAGAUACUAGGUUUGCUGCUUGGGUUUUUCUUUUUCCCGAGGGGGGUUCGAAGAGCAUCGGAGCACAAUGCCUUCGGUGCCCGCUAAAUUUCCUAUUGUCCCUUCCAUAUUGUUGGCUCCUUCUUUGCGUAGUUUUUUAUGUUCCCAUCGUCUUAAACAUCUUGAAAAAAGUGAUCGGCGUGGUAAUCUUAGUUAACAUUAGGCAUUAGCUAUUUUUCGCUUAAUUUUCACUAAAUUGUCCACCUCUUGUGUUACUUUCCUUGCUUUUCCUCUUAUUCUUGCUCACACCUUGUAGAGAGAACUCAGGAAUUGCUCAAUAGGAGAAGUAGUUGAUCUGCAUUCUAGUCAUUUAAUAGGCUUUGAAGACAUUUGUAUUGACUUCUACUGCGGGUGCAACUCUGUGAUUUGUUUGCUCUACAAGUUUUGAGUCUCCAACUCUCUGUGGCUCUUAUUUGAUGGACGGUCUUCAUGUGGAUGGUAGCGGUACUGGUGAACAUGUGCGGUCUUCUGCCGUGAAUAAGCAGCUUGCCUGCAGUGUCACAGGAGUAGACAUACUAAUACAUGAACUUGGAAAUGCAUUUCAUGAUACUCUACAAGUGAAAGAUAAGAACCUGGAAAUGGGCAACAAUUCACCUUCAGAUGAUGUUAGUAGCAGUGUGGAGGAUGAAGGCACAGGAUCAGGUGACUGUGACUUAGAUCUGGAAGGCUCUAUUGCAACAUCUAAUAAGUGCCUGCAUAAGUGUGCAACCUUUCCUACUGCUGUUAAUAAGGAAGCGACUUUUGAAUCUGAGUUGGAAAAUAAGUCAUGUAUGCGCUCACUGUCUCUUCCAAGUGAAAGCAAGCUUGUCUCUGCCAUGAAGGGUACUCGUGAAAAGGAAGGUGUUCCUCCAAGGAAGCUGAGUGUAUCUUGGGCACCUGAUGUAUAUGAUCCUCCACCAACUUCCGUAUCCCACUAUCCAAGGAAAAAGAGUCAGCAACAAUAUAAGAGCAGUAAGAAACAUGGCAAGGGAAAACAGAAAGGGAAAAAAGAGCGUGGGGGCGGAAGUGGGUCGAAAGAUAAGAAGCAUUACCGGAAGAUGGUCGCAAGAUCUGACAGGUGCAUAGAUUCCUUUGAAGAUACCAAUAGGAUGCUAUCGUCGAAUAACUACAAACCAUCUCUAGGUUUGCUGGAUUUUGAUGAUGGUAUUGAUAUCGGCAGCCCUGAUGCCAACUGUGGAAGUAGCUUUCUAGGACAAGCUGGUGGUACCAUGCACUGUGUUUGCUGAGGAUAUUUGCUACCAAUUCGUAUUUACUUUUGCUGUAAAUAAAUAAGGAUGGAGACAUUUUCAAGGCUUUGUGUUUGCUUUUGUGUUUUGCUAGUAAGUUGUUUUCUUCUCCCUAAGACCUCCACGAUUGAACCGUGUGUUUGUUAGUUUGUUGACUGACAUUUUACUAAGUGUGUUUUUUUGUCAA